AUGGGUGGAUCGAGAGGCGGCGCGAUCCUGGCGAUCUUGGCCAUCGCGUGGGUCAAGGACCACGUGGCGGCCUUGAACGUGACCGAUCACGCGAUACACGAGGACCCGAUCGCGAACGAGGUGUCGUUCGCCAACGAGUUGCUCGACCAUCCGCACAAUAUGCCCGGCAAACCGAGCAAGUUCGACUCGAACAUGGGCCAGACGAUCGAGACCGACGACAUGUCGCGUUAUCAGAUCGAGGCGAGCGGUGCAGCGAACGCCACGAUGUCCCCUACGGAAUCGACGCGCAAGGACCUGUCGCAGAUGUUGGACAGACUGUCCGGGAUCGACGUGUACAACGUGACGGACUCCGUGCAGAUAGUACGGAACGCGGACGACGGAUUCGUCGCGAGGAGAGACGAAAAAGGUAACCCACGGACGGACGCGAGCCUACUCGAUAAAGUUCGUCGGUACGCCAGAGAACACGUAGUAAAGAUACGUCUGAGCCAGGACUUAAUUCCUGCUAGAAAAGCUAGAACCUUCUUCAACGCGUUCGGCCUGAAGAAGCUGUUCCUACCAUUGAUUUUCGGUGUGCAGAUCAUUAAGAGCAUUCUGCUCGCACUUUUCCUGCCCAGCAUCAUCGGCAGUAUCGGUAAUAUCCUUGGUAAAGGCGUUUCCUCUUUCGCGCAAUCGACGCAGACCACUGCGCAACCGGACGAGAAUUUCGAGUUCAAGGACAAUUCCGAUCUCUACAACGACGACUACCUGACGCGGCAGCCAGUAGGAACGCUACCUGCCUCGGUGAUGUACGACGAGAGCAUGAUGCAGAAAAACCCGGAAAUUUCCUCGCGUUACUCGUUCGUCGAUCCCAGAAUAACCCACGCGAACGCCAUUUCGGAUCGGUACUACACCAGACACGUGGCUGCUAACGGGCUCUCGAAAAAACAAGACUUCAAGGUCUUCCACGAGAUCCCGACGAGCUCGCUGAUGCUGACCAACUACGAUCCCUUCUAUUCUCCGUUGCUGUCGCGUCUCGACGCCGUCUUCUCGCGUCUCGGUCACACGACGGAGGGUUGCAGGGAGUACGCGGUGUGCGCGAUGUAUCGAAGCCCGGCACGAUACGCGCCGUAUUCGAACCUGGUCUCUGCCCAGCUGUCCAGGGAGCUGAACGAGCUACGGAGGCCCAGCAGCGACAAUCCCGACGUCCUCCGGUUCUUCCGGUACAUGAAGGCCGCGAAGGACGGCCAAGAUGGCGUCAAGUGCGAGGACGCGUACACGAAUUGCCCGGUAGCGCGCGAGGACGAGGCCCUCAGGCAGAAUCAGGCCAUUCUGGCGACCUACCAGGACAUCGACAAACUAGUUCACGCGAGGAAGUUGUAA